AAAACCAGAGGAAAAGAGACCUUCCGCCAGCGAAUUGGCCCAGUAUCCAUUCGGCCGUGUUCCCAUAAUGUCCGCCAGCGGUCGUCGCUUUUGUCGCAGCCGUUGCCAAAGUUGUCAUUGUCAUCCGUACCAGCAAACGCAGCAGCAAAAGCAGCAGCAGCAACAUCAGGCAGCAGCAGCAGCAACUAGCAACUAGCAGCAACAUUCGCAGGAGCAGCAACAUCUAUAGGAGAAGCGGAGCAGCAACAGCAGCAGCUUAAAAAUACAUUUUUCACAAUGAAGCAAACGAGCGGAGAUGGUAAAAUGUGUGCCACAGGAAACAACAGGAUAUCAGAGAAAUCCUCAAAGAAUCCGAGCUAUAUAAACAACCAGAUGGAAAUAUCUCAAUAAACAUAAAAACAAAGAAACAAAUAACAAAACCGAGGAAAAGGAAAAGUCGGCGAGAGAAAUAAUCACAAACAACCAGAAAGAAAGAAAGCUUUAACUAAAAUAUUUUUAACUAUACAAUAUACAUACAUACAUAUAUAAAUUAAUUAUAGAAAUAGCAACCUAAGUGUUUAGUGCGUAAACGAAUUAAUUUUAAACAAAAUAACUGGGAAAAUCGAGCAAG